AUGUCUUCCCUAAUUCAUAACCUCGCAAGGUUUUUGGAGAUGAACCGCGACCAAUAUCUGUGGCAUGCUAUUUCCGUGGUUUUUUACUGGUAUAUUGCUAUCGCUAUCCAUGACAUCUUCUUCCACCCUCUAGCACGAUGUCCUGGCCCCUGGAUUUCCAAAUUCUCGCAGCUGCCCAACUUCUAUCAUGCAAUAAAAGGAGACCGACACAUUUGGAUUUGGCAGAACCAUCAGAUCUAUGGAGACAAGGUCCGUAUCCAGCCGAACGAGGUCGUCUUCCUUGCCCCGCAGGCGUCUCGAGAUAUCUAUGGAUCCAAGGCCAAUGUGAGGCGAUCGAAAUCAUAUGAGGCCUGGAAGACUGUAAAAGAGGCCAAUACUAUCUUGACUAUUGAUCCGGCGGCUCAUGCACGAAAGAGAAGGAUACUAAACCAAGCAUUCACAGAGAAGUCAGUCAAGCAUGCCACGGAAUUUGUGAGCGUGCACACCGAACGGUGGAUCGAUCUUAUUUCACAGGAAAAGGACAUCACUACUGAUGAUGGCUGGACCAGAACACGGAAUAUGUCCGACUGGAAUGACUGGCUUGUGUUCGAUAUUCUGGGCGAUAUAUGUUUCGGCCGAUCGUUCGAUAUCAAGGAGCCUGGACCGAAUCCCAUCCGGGUUAUGCCUCGCCUAGUCAUUAAGCAUGUUCAGAUGUUCUACCCAAUUCUCCAAUCUCCCUUCAUGAAGUUCUUCGUCUGGGCCAAACCGAAAGGCCUCGACUAUUUACUGAAAUUAGUCACACCUCAAGAAGUGAAGAACUACUACAAGUUCAUCGGCGACAGUUGCAAGUCUGAGCAAGACUCCAGGCUUGAUAUGUUCCAUUUCUUGUGCAAUGCACGCGAUCCUGUAACCAACGAACCUUACACUGAGAGUGCGCUUCGCGGCGAAGCCGCCAUGCUCAUCGUCGCAGGAUCUGACAGCACCUCCAGCGUCCUUGCCGGAUUCUGGUUUUACAUAUCAAGAAACGAGCGAGCGUACAGGCGCCUGACAGACGAGAUCCGAACCACGUUCACUGCUUCUGAGGAAAUCAAAAGCGGCCCCAAAUUAGCUUCCUGUGUCUACCUCUAUGCUUGCAUAGAUGAGUCGUUGCGUAUGGUGCCUGCUGGACCCAGCGAACUUGCCCGUGAAGUUCUUGCUGGAGGUGCGACCAUCAACGGUGAACACUUCCCGCCAGGCGUAGUAGUUGGAUGUGCUCCUUGGGCCAUGGGUAGAAACGAGCUGAUCUUCGGCGAUUCAACUAAAUUUCGCCCGGAAAGAUAUAUACCUUCAGAGACCACAGGCAUAAGCGUAGAGGACGUCAGCCGAAUCAAAUCUUACUACAACCCAUUCUUGAUAGGACCUGGUAACUGCGCAGGGAAGAACAUCGCGAUGGCAGAGAUUGCCAUCGUUAUUGCGAAGACGUUGUUUCGAGUUGACUUGAGAGCCGUUCCUGGAGAGGAUCUUGGUGCUGGACAUCCCAGUAUGGGGUGGGGGAGGAGAGACGAAAAUCAAUAUCAGGUUGAGGAUGCAUACAUUACUGUUCAUGAGGGUCCAAUGUUGCAAUUCAAAAAACGAAUGGUGUAGUGAUGAGUUG